CCGCUCCAUGAGGGACGUUUCCCACUCCAAUUCCACAAUCCGUCUGGUUUCGGCUCCCGAGUUCUUGGGUUUGACGGCUUCUCUUUAUUCGUAUAAUUGCAGCUCCUUUUUAUUUAAUAUUGUGUGUGUCGCCCUCUAAGUUCCGACCUCUGUCCGAAUCUCCUCCCCCGAGAAAACGCCGCGCUUGAAAGACCCUACGACUCCUCGGUUUCAGUGAGGCUUGCCUCUGCACAGUUCUUUAUAACAGCCUCCAAGAUGGCUUCAGGGCCUCCUUUGGACCCCAUUGUGAAUGGGGCUGGAGAUCGCGGCAAGAGAGUCGCCUACUUCUACGACUCGGAUGUGGGAAACUAUGCCUAUGUGUCGGGACACCCAAUGAAGCCUCAUCGCAUAAGGAUGACACACAGUCUGGUGAUGAACUAUGGUCUUUACAAGAAGAUGGAAAUUUACCGCGCGAAGCCCGCCUCCAAGUACGAGAUGACACAAUUCCACACGGACGAAUAUAUCGACUUUCUUUCCAAGGUUACGCCCGAUAAUAUGGACUCUUUUGCAAAGGAACAGAGCAAGUACAAUGUCGGAGAUGACUGUCCCGUCUUUGAUGGUCUCUUCGAGUUCUGUGGUAUCAGUGCUGGAGGUAGUAUGGAGGGUGCGGCCCGGCUCAACCGUAACAAAUGCGAUAUCGCCGUCAACUGGGCUGGGGGUCUUCAUCAUGCGAAAAAGAGCGAAGCCAGUGGUUUCUGUUAUGUAAAUGACAUUGUCCUAGGCAUUCUCGAAUUGUUGCGCUUUAAGCAAAGGGUUCUUUAUAUUGACAUUGAUGUUCACCACGGUGAUGGUGUGGAGGAAGCGUUCUAUACCACAGACCGUGUAAUGACCGUUUCGUUCCAUAAGUAUGGCGAGUAUUUCCCUGGAACCGGAGAACUGCGUGAUAUCGGUGUUGGGCAGGGCAAACAUUAUGCUGUUAACUUCCCGCUCCGGGAUGGCAUUGAUGACAUUUCGUACAAGAGCAUUUUUGAGCCAGUCAUCAGGAGCGUGAUGGAGUGGUAUCGACCAGAGGCUGUUGUUCUCCAGUGUGGCGGUGACAGUCUCUCCGGCGAUCGCCUAGGAUGCUUUAAUCUUAGUAUGCGCGGUCACGCGAACUGCGUCAACUUUGUCAAGAGCUUCAAUCUACCGACCCUGAUCCUUGGAGGAGGUGGAUACACCAUGCGUAACGUGGCACGAACCUGGGCAUUCGAGACCGGCAUACUUGUCGGGGAGACGCUCGGGUCAGAUCUUCCUUAUAACGAUUACUACGAGUACUUUGCUCCGGAUUACGAACUAAAUGUGCGCCCAUCAAAUAUGGAUAAUGCCAACACAAAAGACUAUCUUGAUAAGAUUCGCGCACAGGUUGUCGAGAAUCUCAAGCGGACAGCCUUUGCGCCAUCUGUGCAGAUGACAGAUGUUCCCCGCGAGUCUCUGGUGGAGGGAAUGGACGACGAAGCAGAAGCCAUCUUGGAUGAUCUAGAUGAGGACGAGAAUAAGGAUAAGCGCUUCACACAACGGCGUUUCGACCAAUACAUCGAGAAGACGGGCGAACUCAGCGACAGCGAAGAUGAAGACGAGAAUGCUGCCAACGGGAUCCACCGCAAACCGGCGCAUCUGAAGCGAAGGAAUCAGGCUAACUAUCGGCUGGAUGUGGGUGAUUCCGGGGUUGAAAGUGGUAUGGCCACUCCACAGGAUGCUUCGUCGAUUCCCGAUGAGGAAAUGGACACUGGCGGCGAUGCAAAGAUGACAGAAGCCCCCGAGCCCGAGAGCGAGGCCCAACAAACUCCGUCUGCUGUGGAGGCAUCUUCCAAGGCUGAAGAUCCAUCUGUUCGAGAGGCCACAGAUAUGGCGGUGGAUGAGAAAGAACCCGCCCCUACGUCUGCGCCCGCUUCGCGCUUGGAGUCUCCCAAACCGAUAGAUGAAGACACAACCAUGGAAGAUGCAGGCGAUAUCGCACCGGAGCCGGAGCAGGAGAAAGCGCCUGCUGUGAACGAAGCAAAAGAGGAAGGGAAGACGCCGGCCGAAGGCACGCCAGCGCCGGACAAUUCUAUGAGGGAAGCCACACCCCAAGACAAAGCUCCAUCCGAGCCAAAGGAGAGUGAUGAUCAAAAGGGAUCCGAGGGGGCAGCAAGCAAGGCCGAGCCAAUUGAGGCAGAGAAGCCUGUCGCCACGGAGACAGUGCUGGCUGAGGAGCCCCGAGCGGAAGAAGCAGCGACGGUAAAAACGGAGCAGGAGGCACCGGAGACAUCCAACGAGCCAAGCACGGAACCCCAGCCGGAAACAGCGGCGAAGAGCGAGGAAUAGGCCGAGCAGUGACUGCAGCGGUGUUUUUUUCUCGGGUUCCUGGCGCAACGGGCUGGCAAUGGUGUUUGGGCAGACGUAUUGCUUUCGCAGGGAGGGGUCUCAUUCUUUUUCUAUAGUAUUUUCGCUUUCAACCUGGAUGGAAGGACGAGAAUGAUAUACUAUAUUUAUUUUUGAUUCUGUAUUAUGUUGAGCAUGCAUAUGAUAAUCUAUUUACCUGUACAUCAACCUCCAUAACUGCCUAACUUAGUUAGUUAUAUAUGCACUGCUGACAAAUAAUACAGCUUGCAUAAAGAUAGACUAAUCCUAGAAUGGCUAAGCCUUAGGGCACAG